AUGGAGUCCUUUUGUCACUUACAAGAUCUUCCAUGGGAGAUCAUCAUGAAAGUUUUGAUGUUUCUCCCAGUCGAGGCUUUGGUGUGUUUGAUGUGCGUCUCGAAAUUUUGGUAUUCCUUCAUUGCAUCUCGGGAAUUUAUCAACCACCAUUUCCAAGCAUCAUAUAAUGGAGGCAACAAAUUCCUUCUAUCUGGUCCAAACAUUAUCUGUGGUAACCCUCUAAAACGUUUCAAAUCACUCUUGUAUAUGAACCCUUUAGAUAUUUCUUGCAUGAAAAAAAUCCCAUGUCAAAUUGAUAGUAAUUGUUGCCAGAUAGUUUCGUCUUGUGCUGGUUUGGUUUGUCUUACUGAUCCGGAUAGGUAUGGGGUUAUAAUCCAUUUAUGGAACCCGUUCAUUAGAAAAUCUUUGAAAAUAACUUCAUCAAGCAUUGGUGUAGAGAAUUUUACGUUUGAUGACUUCACUCAGUUAGUUCUUGGAUUCGGUUAUAUUUUCGAAACAAACGAACAUAAGAUUGUUCGAAUUGUGUAUGUGGAGGAGCCUGAUGAUGAGGAGGAGGAAGAUGAUUUCUUUCAUGCAAGAAAUAUGAUUGCUGCUCAUAAUCCUGGUCAAGUUGUUAUUAGUUCAUAUUUCCUUGAUGCAAGUACUAGUGUUGCUUCCCAAAAUGUCACCCAUGUUGAAGUUUUCUCACUGAAAACUAACACAUGGAGAGAAAUUAAGGCACCAAAUGUCGCAUUAUGGUAUCUAUGUGACUCAUUUUCUAGGGCUUUUCUCAACAAUUGUGUCCAUUGGCGGGCGUUCCGCAAAGAUGACACAAUGGACGCCCCAGUCAUUCUCUCAUUUGAUUUUUUGAAUGAAGUUUUUGGAGAAGUAAAGUUGCCUGACCAAUACAACUUUCAAGUGUCCGUGAUUAAUGAGGUCACCGUUUACAAUGGCAAACUUUCAUUUCUGACUGCCGAAAACCUGUAUACUACUGAUCAACAACGUUGUUCAUUCUUUAUUAUGGAUGAAUAUGGAAAUCAAAGCUCUUGGAGUACAGUCUUCAAUGUUGUCCUUAACGGGAUCAUUCAUGUUCCUACGAUGAUUACCGUGGAGGAUGAAAUUGCUUACGUGAAAAGUAAUGUUGAUGAGGGAACUAUUGAGUUGUAUUUGCACAAUUUCCGUAGCAAUGAGACUAGGGCUUUUGGGAAAAAUCUGAUGGAAGGAGCUGAUAACUUGGACUUUUUGCCAAUGAUGAGCAGCUUGAUUAUGCUAGAUCCAAAGAAUGAAUUCAUGGAGAUUGAUGAAGAGAAGCUGUAA